GUGGCCCUACACACACCAAUUCGUAAAAGUUAAAACUCAAAUUUCAUCCCUUCCCCAACAUUCCACCAAAUCUCCCUCUUUCUCUCUUUCUUCCUUUUCAAAUUGGGGAGAAAAACAAUCCCGAAAACGUUCCUGUUCUUCUCCCCACACACUAUCAGUUACAGACUUCGAUUUGAUCGUCUUUUGUAUCUAGACCCACGCACAUAUAUACAUAUUUAUACAUCUAUAUUAAUCUGUAAUAAUGUCGGAAGAAGAGAAGUUGUUGAAGGAUGCCAAGAAGUUGCCAUGGGAGGAUCGAUUGGCACACAAGAACUGGAAGGUUCGUAACGAUGCCAACAUUGACCUUGCCGCCCUCUGCGACUCUAUCACCGAUCCUAAAGAUCCUCGCAUCCGUGAAUUGGGGCAUUUUUUUAAGAAGACGGUUGCUGAUUCGAAUGCGCCUGUACAAGAUAAGGCGCUUGAUGCCCUAAUUGCUUACUUAAAAGCAGCAGAUGCUGAUGCUGGAAGGUUUGCCAAGGAAGUUUGUGAUGCAAUUGUGGCAAAAUGCCUUACUGGGCGUCCAAAGACAGUGGAGAAGGCACAGAUGGUGUUCAUGCUUUGGGUGGAGUUGGAGGCCAUGGAUGCAUUCCUGGAUGCAAUGGAGAAAGCAAUAAAAAACAAAGUUGCUAAAGCUGUUGUUCCUGCCAUAGAUGUCAUGUUUCAAGCCUUGAGUGAAUUUGGUUCAAAAGUUGUGCCACCAAAGAGAAUAUUGAAGAUGCUUCCGGAACUUUUCGACCAUCAAGAUCAAAAUGUUCGUGCUUCAUCUAAAGGGUUAACACUUGAGCUUUGUCGUUGGAUCGGUAGAGACCCUGUUAAAUCCAUCUUGUUUGAGAAAAUGCGAGAUACAAUGAAAAAAGAGUUGGAGGCUGAACUUGCCAAUGUCACGGGCACUGCAAAGCCUACUCGUAAAAUAAGAUCUGAGCAAGACAAGGAACCAGAACAGGAAGUUGCAGCUGAGGCUGCAGGCUCUGGCCCUUCUGAAGAAUCUGCUGCUGAGGUUCCUCAGGAAAUAGAUGAGUAUGAACUUGUUGAUCCUGUUGAUAUCUUAACACCUUUGGAGAAGUCAGGAUUUUGGAAUGGAGUGAAAGCUACUAAGUGGUCUGAGCGAAAAGAUGCUGUUGCUGAAUUGACCAAGCUUGCUUCAACAAGGAGGAUUGCUCCUGGAGAUUUUACAGAAAUAUGCCGUACACUUAAGAAGCUUAUUACGGAUGUAAAUAUUGCUGUAGCAGUAGAAGCAGUUCAGGCGCUUGGGAAUCUUGCAUCAGGCUUAAGAACAAAUUUUUCUGCAAGUUCGCGCUUUGUGUUGCCUGUUUUACUUGAAAAAUUGAAAGAGAAAAAGCCUACUAUGACUGAGGCGCUUUCUAAUACCCUCCAAGCAAUGCACAAGGCUGGGUGCCUGACUCUUGCUGAUAUUGUUGAAGAUGUUAAAGCAGCUGUUAAAAAUAAAGUUCCACUUGUGCGUUCACUGACAUUGAAUUGGGUAACACAUUGUGUUGAGACUAGCAACAAGGCUAUCAUUCUUAAAGUGCACAAGGACUAUGUUCCCAUUUGUAUGGAGUGUCUGAAUGACGGGACACCUGACGUGAGGGAUGCUGCAUUUUCAGUUUUGGCAGCUAUAGCAAAGAUGGUUGGCAUGAGGCCUUUGGAGAAGUCAUUGGAGAAACUUGAUGAUGUCAGGCGAAAGAAGCUUUCAGAAAUGAUUGGCAUUUCUGGAGGUGGUGCUUCAACCACAGGAGGCUCAGCUAUCCCAUCAUCAGGUGGAACUGCAUCAUCUGUGGAGGCUUCUGAUGGUGGCUUUGUUAGAAGGUCAGCAGCAAGUAUGCUUAGUGGGAAGAAACCCGUUGCAGCUGCUCCUGCUGCUAAAAAGGUGGCUUCUGCAAAGACGGGUGGUGGCAAGAAGGCAGAUGGACCUGCUCAAACCAAAAAAGCUGCUGAACCUGAAGAUGUUGAGCCAUCUGAGAUGACCCUUGAAGAGAUAGAAAGCAGAAUAGGGUCUCUCAUUCAAGUAGACACUGCUAAGUUGAAGAGUACUGCAUGGAAAGAGCGACUUGAAGAAAUUACAAAAUUAAAAGAAGACAUUCAAGCACUACAGGAACUUGACCAGUCAGUUGAGAUUUUAACCCGGCUAGUCUGUACUGUUCCUGGUUGGAAUGAGAAAAAUGUGCAGGUCCAGCAACAGGUCAUUGAAAUUGUCACCCAUAUAGCUUCUACAGCAUCAAAGUUCCCAAAAAAAUGUGUUGUACUUUGCAUAUCAGGAAUUUGUGAAAGAGUGGCUGAUAUUAAGACUCGAGUUCAAGCCAUGAAAUGUCUAACCACUUUCUCUGAGGCGGUGGGCCCAGGUUUUAUCUUUGAAAGGAUGUUCAAGAUAAUGAAAGAGCACAAGAACCCUAAGGUUCUUAGUGAGGGUCUGUUGUGGAUGGUGUCUGCAGUUGAAGACUUUGGUGUUACACAUCUUAAAUUAAAAGAUUUAAUUGAUUUUUGCAAAGAUACGGGUUUACAAUCAAGUGCAGCUGCUACUAGAAAUGCCACCAUUAAGCUUAUUGGUGCAUUACACAAAUUUGUUGGCCCUGAUAUCAAAGCAUUCUUGUCAGAUGUCAAGCCCGCCCUUCUUAGUGCAGUAGAGGCAGAAUGCGAAAAAAAUCCCUUUGAGGGGGCUGCUGCAGCAAAGAAGACUGUCAAGGUAUCAGAUUGUGCACCAUCUGGGUCUGGUGGUGGGUUGGAUGGCUUGCCACGUGAGGACAUUAGUGCAAAGAUAACACCAGCUCUUUUGAAAGGAUUGGAGAGUUCUGAUUGGAAGAUGCGUUUGGAAUCUAUUGAAGCUGUAAAUAAAAUUGUGGAAGAAGCCAACAAGCGUAUUCAGCCUACUGGAACUGUGGAAUUGUUUGGGGCUCUUAGAGCUCGGUUAUAUGACAGCAACAAGAAUUUAAUCAUUACCACUUUGACCUGUAUAAGUGGUCUUGCAUCUGCUAUGGGAGCUGCAGUUGAGAAGUCAAGCAAGGGAAUUUUAUCGGAUGUUCUAAAAUGUCUUGGUGACAACAAAAAGCACAUGAGAGAAUCUGCCUUGGCAGCUUUGGAUUCUUGGGUUGCUGCUACUCACCUUGAUAAGAUGGUACCAUAUAUUACUACAUCUUUGACUGAUGCUAAACUUGGUGCGGAAGGACGCAAGGACCUUUUUGAUUGGUUGUCUAGACAACUUACUGGAAUAGCAGAGUUCCCUGAUGCCAUUCAAUUGCUCAGACCGGUUGCUGCUGCUAUGACGGAUAAGUCGGUAGAUGUUCGAAAAGCAGCAGAAACCUUCUUUGGAGAGAUCGUGAGAGUCUGUGGACCAGAAAUGGUCAUGAAGAAUGUAAGAGAUAUUCAAGGGCCUGCUUUGGCAAUUGUUCUUGAACGAAUGAAGUCACAUGGUGCAGUUGCAGAUGUACAUGAGAGCGUAAAAACAACAGCCCCAUCUUGGCAAGCAGCAAAAACAAAGGUUGGAAAGUCUAAUGGUUAUGGAUCAAAACCAGGAAGCAGAGCUGUAUCUUCGAGAGGGGUAGCAGCAAAGGGCUCAAAACCAGAGCCUAUAAUGUCUGUUCAAGAUAUUAACAUACAAUCACAAGCAUUGCUAAAUGUCAAAGACUCUAAUAAGGAUGAAAGAGAGAGAAUUGUGGUUCGUAGGUUUAAAUUUGAAGAGUUGCGAUUGGAGCAGAUUCAGGAUCUUGAGAAUGAUCUGAUGAAGUACUUCAGGGAGGAUUUGCACAGGCGGCUUUUGAGCACAGACUUCAAAAAACAGGUUGAUGGAAUCGAGAUGCUUCAGAAGGCACUUCCAUCAAUUGCCAAGGAAAUUAUUGAAGUACUAGAUAUACUGUUGAAGUGGUUUGUUUUGCGAUUCUGCGAAUCCAACACAUCUUGCCUACUCAAGGUUUUGGAAUUCCUCCCGGAGCUAUUUGACACAUUGAGAAAUGAAAACUACAGCAUGAAUGAAGCUGAAGCUUCCAUCUUUCUUCCUUGCUUGGUUGAGAAGACUGGUCAUAAUAUUGAGAAACUAAGAGAAAAAUUGCGGGAACUAAUGAAGCAGAUCAUACAAAGUUAUUCGGCUGCUAAAACUUUCCCAUAUAUUUUGGAAGGUCUGCGCUCUAGAAACAACAGGACAAAAAUCGAGUGUACUGAUCUUGUUGGUUUUUUGCUUGAUAAUCAUUACACCGAGAUAAGUGGACAGCUGAAAAACCUGCAAAUUGUUGCAAGUUUAACAGCAGAACGAGAUGGUGAACUUAGAAAGGCUGCAUUAAAUUGUUUUGCUUCUGGUUAUAAGAUUCUUGGUGAUGAUAUCUGGAAAUACGUUGGGAAGGUGAAUGAAGCCCAAAGGAGCAUGCUAGAUGAAAAAUUUAAGUGGAAGUUUCGAGAAAUGGAGAAAAGAAAGGAGGGGAAGCCAGGUGAAACAAGAGCUGCUUUAAGGCGUUCUGUUAGGGAAAAUGGUUCUGAUGUUGCUGAGCAAAGUGGUGAAGUCACACGAUCCAUGUCUGGACCAGUUUUUAGCAGGGAAAUGUAUGCUCCUCAAGAACCUCAAAUGGAAAGACAUCCACUUUCGCGUCCAUCUGGGGGUGUAAUUGGCCCUACAGACUGGAAUGAAGCUCUAGAUAUCAUUACAUAUGGCUCCCCUGAGCAGUCUGUUGAAGGCAUGAAAGUUGUGUGCCAUGAGUUGGCAGCUGCAAGCAAUGACCCUGAGGGCAGUUUAAUGGAUGAUUUAGUCAAAGAUGCUGACAAACUCGUUUCUUGCCUAGCAGCUAAGGUGGCAAAGACUUUUGACUUCAGCUUGAUGGGUGCAUCUUCUAGAUCUUGUAAAUACGUUCUCAACACACUCAUGCAGACGUUCCAAAACAAACGCCUUGCUCAUGCUGUGAAUGUGAGAACACUGGACAAUCUGAUCACAGAGCUUUUGCUUUGGCUUUUAGACGAAAGGGUUCCGAGGAUGGAUGAUGGCAGUCAACUUCUGAAAGCCUUAAAUGUUUUAAUGCUUAAGAUAUUGGAUAAUGCAGAGAGGACAUCGUCAUUUGUGGUGCUGAUAAGUCUCCUAAAACCAUUAGACCCUUCUAGAUGGCCAGCUCCACCAUCAAAUGAAUCUUUUGCUACAAGAAAUUCAAAGUUCUCUGAGUUGGUUGUCAAGUGCUUGAUCAAACUUACAAAGGUUCUUCAAAAUACGAUAUAUGAGGUGGACCUUGAUCGCAUCCUCCAAAGCAUUCAUGUGUAUCUCCAAGACCUUGGGAUGGAGGAAAUCAGGAGGAGAGCGGGAGCGGAUGACAAGCCUUUGCGGAUGGUGAAAACGGUUCUUCAUGAGCUUGUAAAGCUUCGUGGGACAGCAAUAAAAGGUCAUCUUUCCAUGGUGCCAAUUGACAUGGAACCCCAACCCAUAAUCCUUGCCUACAUCGAUCUUAACCUUCAGACAUUGGCUGCUGCCAGAAUGUUGACCCCUGCUGGCCCGGUUGGUCAAACUCAUUGGGGUGAUUCCAUGGCCAAUAAUCCAAUGCCUGCCACGCAUUCUGCAGAUGCCCAAUUGAAGCAAGAACUUUCUGCAAUAUUCAAGAAAAUUGGAGACAAGCAAACAUGCAGUAUCGGUCUAUACGAACUAUACCGUAUAACACAAUUGUACCCACAGGUUGACAUAUUUUCUCAACUUCAAAAUGCAAGUGAAGCUUUCCGGACAUAUAUCAGAGAAGGUCUAGCCCAGAUGGAAAAGAAUGCAGCAGCAGCCGGGGGAAGAACUCCUUCCAGUGUUCCUAUGAUGCCAACACCACCACCAUCUGCCUUAAAUCUUUCAUCUCCAAAAUUAGGACAUCUUUCACCUGUAAAUACAAAUCAUAAUAAUACUUUAAAUGAGGGAAGAUCUUCUGUUGUUGUUAAUACAAAUUUCACCCUCCCCCCAUCAUCAUAUGCUGAAGACGACCAACGCAAUAUUGACAGAUUCCAAUCCGGAGUAGGAGUGAGUAGUGGGAUAGAUGCAAUAAGAGAAAGGAUGAAGAACAUGCAGUUGACAACAACUGAAGCUCAUAUACAACAAACAAACGGGAGUUUGAAUUCGGAGCAUCAGUCUAGUCAUAUUAGUAAUCCAGCAGCAGCCACAGAUGAGGGUAUCAUGCAUUCAAUGAUACAACGCAACCACUUGCAGUCAGGUCAAGGUCAAGGUCAGGUCAGUUUUGAUGUUACUGAUGUUGAGCAAAGUAGUGAAGUCUCACAAUCCAUGUCUGGAUUAGUUUUUAGCAGGGAAAAUUAUGCUCCUUUAGAGCCUCAUAUGGAAAGGCAUCCACUCAUGCCACCAUCUGGAGGUGUAAUUAAUAUGGCCAACAGAUUCAUAUUGUAUACUGAUUAA